AUGACUCAGGGUAUAAAAGGUAUGAACCUGCUCGGAGAUGGCAACAAAAACAGCCACCUUGGAAACGGCGGGAAAUUAGACCACCCCAACGCAGAAAACGGCAUGAACUUGUUCCGACAAAUGACAGAAACAGACAUGAAACAGACGGAACGGGUCCAGUCACCCACGUCGCCCAGUCCAAACUCCACCAACAGAAUCGCAUGUGUAUCUCCUCCACACAUGGUCCAGCUCCAAAGUCUCACCAGCACUCCUCAAGGACCCCACACUCCAAGAGACACUCCAUGUAUUACACCCUCCGUGUAUUCACCAACGAGGGACGGAGCACACCUUUCCGAGGCCGAGGGAGCCCGAAUCACCCGCCAAAUUGAAGACCUGAAAAUUACGAACAUGACUCUCACCCAAAUCAACAAGGACCUCGAAGCUCAGGUGCGAAAACAACAGCAGGAACUGAAACAGCUCCGAGAGCGGCGCCCGAGUAACUCAGAGAUAAUGUCCGGCGAGUACGAGUCCAACUUGGAUCACAUUGAUGUUUCAAGUGAACUCAGCUCUACCACUCAAUCACUUCUGGAGGCUAUGGGAGUCAAGGGGAUCGGUAGACCCACCCAACUGGAUAAGUGUUUAGAGUUGAGCACCACCCUGUUACAGGAGUAUUCCGAGGCUGUGCAUUCGGUUUCCAACGUGGAUGUCGGUGUCCGAGUCAAGGGAUUAUGA